UCGAACAACUCGCACGAGACGAGACGGGGAUGCCUCCGCGGGCGCCGGCGGCGCCGGCGUUCCCGUCCCUGGACGCCUACUACCUCCACCACCUCCGCUCCUGCUCGACGCUGCGCCACGCCGCCGCCGUCCACGCCCACGUCGUCCGUGCCCACCCCUUCCCUUCCCUCUUCCUCCGCAACACGCUGCUCGCCGCGUACUGCCGCCUCGGCGGCCCCGCGCGCCGCCUGCUCGACGAAAUGCCCCGCGCCAACGCCGUCUCCUUCAACCUCCUCAUCGACGCCUACUCCCGCUCCGGACAGGCAGGCGCCUCUCUCGAGACCUUCACGCGCGCUCGCCGUUCCGUGGGCGUCAAGGCCGACCGGUUCACGUACGCGGCCGCGCUCGCCGCGUGCUCGCGGGCCGGGCGCCUGAGGGAGGGCAAGGCCGUGCACGCGCUGGCCGUCCUCGAGGGGCUCGCCGGGGGCGUGUUCGUCUCCAACUCGCUCGUCAGCAUGUACGCCAGGUGCGGCGACAUGGGACAGGCGAGGCGGGUGUUUGACGUCUCCAAGGAGCGGGACGACGUCUCGUGGAACGCGCUGGUCUCUGGCUACGUGCGUGCUGGCGCGCAUGACGAGAUGCUGAGGGUGUUUGCUCUGAUGCGCCGUUCUGGGAUGGGCUUGAACUCUUUCGCUCUUGGAAGUGUCAUCAAGUGUUGUGCUGGCAGCGAUGACUCUCUGAGGGAUGUUGCCGCGGCGGUUCAUGGAUGCGUGGUGAAGGCUGGGUUGGACUCCGACGUGUUUCUUGCGAGCGUGAUGGUUGACAUGUAUGCCAAGAAAGGCGCAUUGAGUGAAGCUGUUGCGCUCUUUAAGUCGGUGCUUGAUCCCAAUGUGGUUGUGUUCAAUGCCAUGAUUGCGGGGCUGUGUCGUGAUGAGGCUGCUGUCGGUAUGGAUGUCCUGAGAGAAGCGUUAGGUCUGUAUUCCGAGGUGCAGAGUCGAGGAAUGGAGCCUACCGAGUUCACAUUCUCCAGCAUCAUACGAGCGUGUAACUUGGCAGGUGACAUUGAAUUCGGAAAACAGAUACAUGGACAAGUACUGAAGCAUUGUGUCCAGGGAGAUGACUUCAUUGGGAGUGCACUGAUUGACUUGUACUUCAACUCUGGCAAUAUGGAAGAUGGGUUCAGGUGUUUCAGAUCUGUUCCGAAGCAAGAUGUCGUCACGUGGACAGCGAUGAUUUCAGGGUGUGUUCAAAAUGAGCUUUUCGAGAGGGCACUGACCCUGUUCCAUGAAUUAUUAGCUGCUGGACUGAAACCUGACCCUUUCACUAUAUCGAUAGUGAUGAAUGCGUGUGCCAGUUUGGCUGUUGCAAGGACUGGUGAGCAGAUUCAGUGCUUUGCCACAAAAUCUGGUUUCGGUCGGUUCACUGCCACUGGAAACUCCUGCAUACAUAUGUAUGCUAGAUCAGGGGAUGUUGGUGCUGCAGUCCGGAGGUUUCAGGAGAUGGAAUUACACGACGUUGUGUCUUGGUCUGCUGUAAUAUCAAGCCAUGCACAGCAUGGCUGUGCUAGUGAGGCUUUACGGUUUUUCAGUGAAAUGGUAGAUGCAAAGGUGGUGCCAAAUGAGAUUACUUUUCUCGCUGUCCUUACUGCAUGUAGCCAUGGAGGAUUGGUUGAUGAGGGACUCAGGUAUUACGAAAUCAUGCAAGAGGAAUACGCGUUGAGCCCAACCAUCAAGCAUUGCACAUGUGUUGUCGACCUUCUUGGUCGAGCUGGGAGACUAGCUGAUGCUGAGGCUUUUAUAAGGGAUUCAAUCUUCCAUGAUGAACCUGUCAUCUGGCGGUCUUUGCUAGCCUCAUGUCGUAUCCAUCGAGACAUGGAGAGAGGUCAACUUGUUGCAGAUAGGAUAAUGGAACUACAACCCAGUUCCUCAGCAUCCUAUGUAAAUCUCUACAACAUUUACCUAGAUGCUGGGGAGCUCUCCCUAGCUUCAAAAAUUAGAGAUGUGAUGAAAGAGCGAGGAGUGAAGAAAGAACCUGGUCUGAGUUGGAUUGAACUAAGGUCUGGGGUUCACUCUUUUGUUGCCGGUGACAAAUCCCAUCGAGAGAGCAACACAAUAUACUCGAAACUGGCAGAGAUGCUUUCCAAGAUCGAUAAAUUGACAGUCACUGACGCUUCCAGCACAAAGUCAGAUGACAUCAUUAGAAACGAGCAAAGUUGGAUGAAUUGGCACAGUGAGAAACUAGCUGUCGCAUUAGGAUUGAUUCAUUUACCGCAGUCAGCACCUAUACGAGUAAUGAAGAACUUGAGAGUCUGCCGUGACUGCCAUUUAGCUAUGAAAUUGAUAUCGAAGAGUGAAAACAGAGAAAUAAUCUUGAGAGAUGCGAUUCGCUUCCACCACUUCAGAGAUGGCUCAUGUUCUUGUGCGGAUUACUGGUAGUGGCUACUCGCUAGUGCAGUGGUUUCAAAGCAGGAAGAAAGGCGCCUUCAACUCCUCAAAAGUGGCCUCCUCCAAACUGAAUGGUUGAGUCCACUGAACCAUCUCCAAGGAAUUAUGCUGAUUCUCCUAUUCGCCAUCGACCAGAUCAUCCCCUGUUAGGCAUGGUGACAGAAGACCAGGAUCUCCAGUUAGAAGACAUUCUCUCCUUCACCACCUACAAGGCAUACAUAGCCAAUACGGUGGAACUUAUCUUGCUUUUAUUAGCAGGUCAAGGAGACAGAGGAUCCCUUCGAGAAGGUCACCACUCACCACCACCACCACCUCCACGCCGCCAUAUUCGUUCCCCUCACUUUUCACUCUCACUCCAGAUCAAUUCUCCAUAUAGAAUCAGAGGACCUCCUCCAUAGGGGCUGUCAUGGAAGGUGAGAUUUAUCCAACUCUGUGUCACCCAGUGCUCCGAGGAAGGUGCGUUCAACAUUUGUAGCGGGUUGUGUAGGAAACAUGAGUAGUUGAAUGCUUGCUUAUAUUUUGUUGGUCACGCGAUGCGACCUUAGAGAGCAUCAAGGAGCCGCAAUCCUAGAAGAAGGAGCAUCUCGAGCGACAGUGGGAGCAGCAGCGCCCGCCUUCCCGGAGGCAUAGGUACUAGAAGCAAACUCGGGGCAAACUGGGGAUAACCCGGCCCCGGC